AUGGAGGACGACAAAUCUGCCAAAGUUAAGAAGAAGGGGGCCACUCAUCGAAAGUCCCUUUCAUGCGAAUAUUGCAGUCGAUCGUUUGCCCGCUUGGAGCAUCUCCAACGCCAUCUCCGCACUCAUACCAAGGAGAAGCCUUUCUCAUGUGAUAUCUGCUCCAAGUCUUUUGCCCGAAGUGACCUUUUAGUGCGACAUGAACGCCUAGUUCAUCCUGUCGAGACUGCAGCUGGUCGAGAAAAUCGUACGCACAACGUCAAUGAAAACACCCAUCAUGAAAUUCCAAUCCAGUCGACGAUAAUCCAACCCGCCCAUCACGAGUCCCGCAUGCUCGAGCUGGCCGACGCCAUCCCCGUUCACACCCAAGUCGCUCCUCCCCCUCCUGAGGUACAGGUCCAACCACCCCCAAUAUUAGAGACCACACACUUCAAUCCAUCCUGGGGCUACGACCUCAAUUUAUUGUCGCAUGCUGCAAGCCAUGUCGCUUUGGAAGGACAACAGGAGAGUUUGGAAUCGAUUCGAAAAUCGUCACAUUCAGUCAGCACACCAUCGCAAUCUUUUCAGGCUCCAGAGAGGGCAAUCACCGAUAACUACGGUCUAGAGCCCUCCAUCCUCGAUCUGACAGACUUGGGUGAUCCGGUUCAAGAUUUUACUGUCUUUCUGGAAAGUGUGGGCUUGUCAUCAGAUUGGGACUCCGGAGUAUUUUCAUCUGUGGAGGAGCCGAUGUUGCCACCAGCCAUACCAAUGGAUUCAAAACAUCAAAUUCGGGAAACAACAUCUUCGAACAGACUGGGUGGGGAUCUUAUGAGUGAUCCACGAAUGCACGUGGAUGAACCCCCAUCUUUCUCCAACUUUGGGUCUCGGUUACCGUCGCUCCAACCCGAUUCUCAUGAGAUUGAGGAUCGCAUUGGUCUUCAAGAUGAAGGUUCCCGGCCAGCUUGGGAUAUUUCCAAUUCAGAUCGGCAGGUGUUUGUCUCAAAGCUUGAAGAAUUUUCGUUCGUUCUUCCCAAGGGCUUCGUUCCGCCCUCGCGUCACGCUUUAUCCCGGUUUUUCGCUGGAUAUAUCAACGGUUUAAACGAGCAUCUACCUUUUGUGCAUGUCCCCACUCUUUCUAUAGCCAAGUGCUCUCCAGAGCUCACGCUAGCCACAGCGGCUGCAGGAUCGCACUACCGAUUUGAGAAUGGCCGCGGUAUCGAACUGUUCCAUGCUGCCAAAGCCAUCUUGUUGGAGCGCCUCCGUCGAAGAGACAGCCGACAGGUACCUCUUCCUACAUGGAACUAUAUCUCUCCGCCUUCCGGUUAUCACAAUUCACGGGGGUCUUCAAUGAUUUCGAACACAGCGAGCAGUCCCUUUCAGACCCAACACCAUCUCCAAAAUCCACCUUUCAAUACAUCGAUAUACACGUUAGAUGACUCGGAUGCUCAUAUGGAAGUAAUACGGACCUUCUUACUACUGACUGUGUUCGCAUCCUGGGAGAAGCAGCCAGAACUUUUGCGAGAGAUUCUCUCGCUUCAGAGCACAUUGGCAAGGCUUGUUCGAGAGCACGGCCUGACCGAGCCACAACCUACCCUGGAUCCAAUCAGUUGGGAAGAAUGGGUGAGAAGAGAGGGCAACAGGCGGACGAAGCUCAUCGUAUACUGUUUCUUCAACCUACACUCCAUCAUGUAUAACAUUCCGCCUUUGAUUCUCAAUGGGGAGCUGAAGCUGAAUAUGCCUUGCUCCCAUGAUUUAUGGAAGGCAAGCAAUGCGGCCCAAUGGCGCCGAGUGUGUCGCACCCGGCAAGGCUCCGAUGUAUCUUUUCAAGAUGCAUUUGCUCGACUUUUCUCGAGAUCCUCUACCUCUGUCCCAUCGGCCCCGAUCUCUCCUCUCGGAAACUAUAUCCUCAUCCACGCCAUCAUACAACAAAUUUUCUUUGCCCGUCAACUUUGCCUGUCUGCGCCACAUAUGCAAGGCACCAGCUUGAGACAAGAGGAUCUUAUUGUCUUGGAUAAUUCAUUGAGCGCUUGGAAAGCCUUGUGGAAACGCACUCCUGAAUCCAGCAUUGAUCCCCAAAACCCAGCUGGUCCUAUCGCAUUUACAUCCACAGCACUCCUCGGCUUGGCUUAUAUCAGGUUACAUGUUGACUUAGGUCCUUGCCGGCAUUUAAUCACUCAAGACCCAAUGCAGAUCGCUUUAGCUCUAAGUGAAUCACCGCCUAUCGUUCGCAGCCCCCGGCUGAUUAUGGCAUUACUACACUCUGCUCACGCUCUCUCUAUCCCAGUUCGACUGGGAAUUGAUUUUGUGGCAAGGACACACUCGUUCUUUUGGAGCAUUCAGCAUUCCCUCUGCAGUCUCGAAUGCGCUUUCCUUCUAAGCCGCUGGCUGCUCGCCAUUCCUGCGACGCAGCCAGAUCAAAGAUUGUCAGAACACGAGCGCAAGCUUCUUUCAUGGAUCAAGAGCAUGAUGGAUGAAACCGACAUGGCUGUUGAUCCUCCCGGAGCACCAGAUAUGGAAUUCAUGGCGAAUCCAUACAAGGUACGGCAGUUGAGCGUGGCUAUUGUUCGUGUCUGGGCCCGCACCUUCAAUGGUAAUACCAGCUGGGCCAUUGUGGAUCUCGUUGGCGCGAGCUUGGAUGCUUAUGCCGACCUCUUAGAAAACUAA